AUGGAUCUAAAGACUGGCUCUCUCCUGGUAGCACCCGCCGUGAAGAACUCGAGCUGCUCGCAUCCGCGCUACUCCGGCCACAACUUCAUCGCCCACAUAGGGAUUGCGGAGACCAUCGAGGCGGUGCUCAUCCUGGUCCUCACCCUGGGCGUCAUCGGGGCCAACUGCCUGGUCAUCUUCGUCAUCAACAACCGCCGCUAUGCGGCCUACAUACACCAACAGCCCCGUUAUCUGCUCACCUCGCUGGCCCUGAAUGACCUGACAAUUGGUCUGCUAAUUACACCAUUCGGUCUAAUGCCGGCAUUGUUCCACUGCUGGCCGUACGGGGAGAUCUUCUGUCAGAUACAGGCCCUGCUCCGAGGAGCGCUUUCCCAGCAGAGCGCCGUCAUCCUGGUUUGCAUGGCAGUCGAUAGAUACAUGUGUGCCCUGCAUCCGCGCCGCUACUACCAGCACUCCAGCAAGAAGGGCUGCGUGGCCAUACUGAGCUUAACCUGGAUUAUCAGCCUGACGGUGUUUGGCUUUCUGGUGCUGCCCAAAGGUUACUACUUCAACAAUACGGGUCUAAUGGCCUGCGAGCCCUUCUACAGCAAGCCAUCCUACAGGAUACUGUCCACGUGCGCCCUCUACUUUCCCACGACGAUGGUGCUGAUGUACUGCUACGGCUCCAGCUUCCACAUGAGCCGCUUCCGGCUAAACGAUCCGACCAUGCCCCUCACUGCGGCCGCCCACCACCCCCAUCCGCACCCACACCCCACCGCCGCCCAGCAGCUGCAGAUGCACCAGCACCAGCAGCACCACCAGCAGGCGGGACUGCACUCGCACCUCUACCACGGCCACUCGCACCACCCCAGCCAUCCCAACCACCCCAACCACCCAAACCACCCCAACCACCCAAACCACCCAAACCACCCCAACCACCAUGGCCACCCCCACCAUCAUGGACCUCCCGUUAUGGGCCAUCUCAGCAUGGCCAUGAGCAUGGGACUGGCCGGCAUGCCGAACAUGACAAACAAGAUUACCAAAAAGAUUGUUCCCAUCCAAGAGAAGAACUCCAGCGGAUCCACCUCGCGCUCGAUGGCCGCCAUUUCACUGGGCUUCAUAGUGAUGGUCACUCCGUGGACGAUUCAGGAAAUAGUCACCGCCUGCACGGGAUCCAAGCUGCCGCCGUUCCUCGAUUUCCUGGUCACCUGGACGGCGCUGAGCAAUAGCCUGUGGAACCCGUUCAUGUACUGGCUGCUGAACUCCGAUUUCCGCCGCCUGAGUCGCCAGCUGAUGCCGAACAAAUGCUUCCCCCACGAGGAUACGCCCGAGCACAAAUCAGGCUGUUGUCACAUCAAUGCUAACGAUUUCGAAAUCACAACGCUUCCGAUUCCCCCGGAGCCGCCAUCAUCCCGUCCUCCGGGCGGAGCAGGAGGAGGAGGAGGAGGUCCAUCCAGUGGGGGUCCCAGCUCUGGCGGCGGAGUGGCCAGUUCCAUUGGCGGCUCCGUCCUUGGGAUCUGCGGCCGCUCGCGCACAAACAGCCUCAGCCGCAGCGCCUCCCAGUACAUCCGAGGGACCAUGGGCGGAGGAGUCCACAACCACCAGGCCACGGAGGCCUUCUCCACCACGCGGCCUGACAUCGAGGGCCUCUCCGAGAAGUACUGGGGCGAGAUCCUGGAGAGAACCGUCAGCUCGGGCAACCUGAACGCCAUGCAGAAGCACCUGCCGCCCCACCUGCCCUACACCCACCACCUGGUCCACCAGCUCCACCAGCCGCAGCAGCACCACCAGCAGCAGACCACCUCCUUCAGCAAGGCCAGCGAUCUGCAGCUGAACCUGAACCUCAGCCAAGCGGCCACGGCUGCAGAGCUGGGCAAGUUCUCCAACUCGGAGCCGAAGCUGUGCGAGCACCUCUUCCACGACGUGAACUGCGCCAAGAGCAAGGCCGCCAACGGGGAUGGGGAGUCCUCCGGCAAGCUGGCCUGCGGUCGCAGCAUUCCGGACAUCUAGUACGCCGAGGACGUGAUCCUGGCCAAGAACCAACUGCUGGCCAGGCAGGCCAAGUGCUCGCACCAUCCGCUGCACCAGCAGGCCAAGACGCGUCUCCAUUCCCACACGGGCAGCUUGCGCUUCAGCCGGAUUCGCGCCGCCUGCCACAGUCCGCCGCCGGAGAAGUCCGGCUUUCCAAUGGCCGAGUAUCGCAAGUAGGAUCACAGAGGGCACUGGGAUCAUGGAUGCCCAGUAUGUGGUAUAACCAUGCACAGAAUAGGGAGUGAGAGCGAACGAGUAUCUAUAAGAUUCCAUAGGUGUAUGUGCGUGUGAGUGUCUAUAUAAUAUCGCAUGAUCCAACCAUAAUAUGUGUGUUUUCUAUUAGGCUUAAGAUCUAGGAGGUCCUUUGGUCGGGUUUUCAAUUUCAAUUCAAAGUCCCUGAGAUUCGCAAAGUACCCAUGGCUUGUAGAAGGCGCCCUUUUUGAAUUGAAGCCUAAACAAAGGAUUAUGAUAGAUAGCACCUAUCCUCAGAUAUUCCACUGUCUAUUAAGUAAUCUGUGAAUGAUUGCUGUCCAUCUGAGAACCUUCAAGACCCACUAGCUAGACUUUCUUUACCACACCUGAUCUGGGGGAUCGCAAUUAGCCGAGUUAAGCAGAAGUUAACCAUAGUAAGUGUUCAUUCAAUGUUUGUGAUACCCUAAGUUUCCCAGCCCAACAUACCCACGAGUAGCACAUAAUAUAUUCCUAGUUGUUGUGCGUGCGUCGGCUAAAUUAAACGUAGGAUUUAUGGAAAACAGAGAUAUCAGACUUUCCUCUCAGAACCCGCUCGACAGUCGGAACCCCUUCGCCAAGCUCUCCACCACUUAAGGACUAAGGAUCUACGUAGACUCUGAUAUCGGCGGACCUUAAAGCGUUGUGGUUAAUCAUAGUUGUAGUUCCAUAGCUCGAGUCGUAUACCAAAUUACUCACUGUUCGACGAAUCAAAAUCAAAUCCUAACUUUGUGAUUGUCAAGAAUUUAAGUCGGCUGAUGUGGACAUUGCUGUUAAAUCAUUUUUAAUUUGUAGCUAAGUAAUUGACUAGUUAAAGCCAAAUAAAUUUACCGUUUAAGUCUAACUUUAGUUAAAUGAACGCGAGGUGCGUAACAAAUGUAUUUCAUAGGCAGAGGA